AAUAUCGUUAUUUAUUUCAGAGAACAGAGAGAGAGAGGGGGGACCUCUAUACAAAAGAUUUUGCUGUGAGAGCUAAAACCAAAAGACUGCUUCUGAUUUGCAGAGAACAUCGAAAGGACACUAAUAACGCGAAGAACAGAAACAGCAAAGCCAAUAGAGAGAGAGGAAAGAGAGAUCGGUUGUUAAUUUUUUUGUUUUCUAAAAAUACCAAUCAAGUCCUUCUCUUAUCCAAUCCAAAGGAACUUCAAGCAGAUCUAACUUCAUGAGCUUCUUCUGCGGUUUCAUGGUUUCUGAUGAGUUUUGCGAUGUGGGUUUUGAUUUUUUUAUCCCAAGAGAUCUGAAGGUUCACCAGCCAUCACUGACGGCGUUUCGGGAGGUCUUCCUGGUUUGGAUUCCUGCAAAUAAAGCAUUUUUGUUACUCGGAGCGAAUUUGGUGCGUUGUGAAGUUGGCUUAAGCCACAGAGACAUGUUGGAGGGUCGGUCCUGUCUGGUUUCAAGGUUGUUCACAAGCUCUUACCAGCCAGAAUCCCAGUGGGCUUUCAUGCCUUAUAGUGGAAGUGGGAAGCGCCCAUUGGAUCUUGAUGAAGAUGAGGAUGGUAGCCAUAGUCGGCAGCUCAAUUUUCAAAGGCAACGGGGUUCCCGCGAAAGAGUACGUGAGCAACCCGGUGACAGAGCCACGGACUCCACUGACUCGGAUUCCCUUAUCCACGCCAUCGGCCGGGACAUGUCUAUUAACUGUCUAAUUCGUUGUUCGCGUUCUGAUUACGGCUCUAUUGCGUCCCUCAACAAGAGUUUUCGCUCCUUAGUAAGCAGUGGUGACAUAUAUAAGUUGAGGAAGAGGAAUGGUAUAAUUGAACACUGGGUUUACUUCUCUUGUCAGCUGCUUGAGUGGGAGGCCUUUGAUCCUAUUAGUCGCAGGUGGAUGCAUUUGCCGAGAAUGACUUCCAAUGAUUGUUUUAUGUGUUCGGAUAAAGAAUCAUUGGCUGUGGGCACUGAUCUGCUUGUAUUUGGAAUGGAGGUCGUUUCCCAUGUCAUAUAUAGAUAUAGUCUUUUGACAAAUUCUUGGUCUUCUGGGAUGAGAAUGAAUACUCCCAGACGCUUGUUUGGCUCUGCUAGUCAUGGUGAGAUUGCAAUAUUGGCGGGUGGGUGUGAUUAUCAGGGAACUAUUCUUAGCUCAGCAGAGAUGUAUAAUUCUGAAACUCAAACCUGGGUGACACUACCGAACAUGAAGAAACCAAGGAAGAUGUGCUCAGGAGUGUUUAUGGAUGGGAAGUUUUAUGUGAUAGGGGGAAUUGGGGGUAGAGAGUCAAAGGUCCUUACAUGUGGAGAGGAGUAUGAUUUAGAGACGAAAACAUGGACUGAGAUUCCUAAUAUGUCCCCUGGUCGGAGUGAUGCUGCGGGGGAUACUGAGGUGUCUCCGGCAGGUGGGGCUCCUCCCUUGGUUGCAGUGGUAAACAAUGACCUCUAUGCGGCUGAUUAUGCUGACAUGGAGGUCAAAAAGUAUGAUAAAGAGAGGAAAUUGUGGUUCACUGUGGGAAGAUUGCCUGAACGAGCAGCCUCAAUGAAUGGUUGGGGUCUUGCCUUCAGGGCUUGUGGAGAUCGGCUUAUUGUUAUUGGUGGUCCUAGGUCAAUGGGUGAAGGUUAUAUAGAGCUUAAUGCCUGGUGUCCAAGUGAAGGCCCUCCACAGUGGAACUUACUUGCCAGGAAGCGAUCUGGUAGCUUUGUUUAUAAUUGCACUGUGAUGGGAUGCUGAAAAGCAGGAUCUUUGUUUCAUCAUGUGCACCAUGGUGGCGCUUGCCCCCGAUGGUACGUACAACAUUGCUUUCAUCUUUGACACAGGAAUCAUGCUAAUGAGUAAUCUCUCCCUUCUUUCUUUUCUCAUUUCUUUCCAUUUCAGUGGGGGAGGGAGGGGGAUGAGUUUUACAUUUAACUCGAGAUUCAAUAGAAUGUUUUUCUAAAGGUCUUGAGUGAUAAUUUUUUUUCCCUUCUCUUCCUUAAAUUUGUCCUCCCCAUUUUUAGUGACAUGAGAAAUUUCAAAAGUUCCCAUCAUGUAGUACAGGAAUAGAUUAAAUAAUUUGAAGCAAGAACACAUUGGUAGCUUGUCAUUGCCCCUUGCUGAAGCUUUUUUAAGAGCACGCAAUUCGUUAUAUGGCUCUUAGAAUUCUUAAAUUUCGUGGCAUUUUUUUCAAGAGAAAUAAGUACCCGGACAUUGUUGGCUUGGAUGAUGGCUUAUGUACUGAUGAUUACAUUACCUUUGCAGUUGAUGGGAUAUAAAGCUAUAAGUUAUGAGCACA